GUGCUGUUGAUGGUAGCCAUGCUGCACCUGCCCCCACAGGCCCUGCACCAAGCUGGCACAGCCCAGGCCUCCCGGCACAGCCCUGAGGCUGGGUACCGCCUGGACUUUGAGGAAUCCCAGGAAUGGGUGCUGGAGUCGGAAGAUGAGGACCAAGAGUACAGCCCACUGGAGGGCCUGCCGCCCUUCAUCUCGCUGCGGGAGGACCAGCUCCUGGUGGCUGUGGCCUCACCCAGGGUCAGAAGGAACCAGAGCCAGGGCAGGAGAGGUGGCAGCUACCGGUUCAUAAAGCAGCGGAGCAAGAGGCUGGACCAGGAGGCCCCAGAGAGGGACUGGGGAGCCGAGGAGGAAGACCGGGAGGUAUCUGAAGAAGAUGAGCUGACCCCGCUCAACCUGGAGGUGGCGCUCAGCGCCCGCAUCCCCCUGCAGAGGGCGCUGCCCGAGGUACGGCAUCCGCUAUGUCUACAGCAGCACCCUGAGGACAGCCUGCCCACAGCCAGCAUCAUCCUCUGUUUCCAUGACGAGCCCUGGUCCACCCUCCUGAGAACCGUACACAGCAUCCUUGACACAGCGCCCAGGGCUUUCCUAAAGGAGAUCAUCCUCGUGGACGACCUCAGCCAGCAAGGACAGCUCAAAUCUGCUCUCAGUGAAUACGUGGCCAGGUUGGAGGGGGUGAAGCUGCUCAGGAGCAACAAGAGGCUAGGCGCCAUCAGGGCCCGGAUGCUGGGCGCCACCAGGGCUGCUGGGGAUGUGCUGGUCUUCAUGGACUCCCACUGCGAAUGCCACCCAGGCUGGCUGGAACCCCUCCUCAGCAGAAUAGCUGGUGAUAGGAGCCGGGUGGUGUCUCCAGUGAUAGACGUGAUUGACUGGAAGACUUUCCAGUAUUACCCCUCCAGGGACCUACAGCGUGGGGUGUUGGACUGGAAGCUGGAUUUCCACUGGGAGCCUUUGCCAGAGAGUGAAAGGAAGGCCCUUCAGUCCCCCAUCAGCCCCAUCAGGAGCCCUGUGGUGCCCGGCGGGGUUGUGGCCAUGGACAGACAUUACUUCCAAAACACUGGAGCUUAUGACCCUCUCAUGUCACUGCGUGGUGGUGAAAACCUCGAACUGUCUCUCAAGGCCUGGCUCUGCGGCGGCUCCGUUGAAAUCCUUCCCUGCUCUCGAGUGGGGCACAUCUACCAAAAUCAGGACGCCCACUCCACCCCUGACCAGGAGGCCACCCUGCAGAACAAGGUUCGCGUUGCUGAGACCUGGCUGGGCUCGUUCAAAGACACCUUCUACAGGCACAGCCCAGAGGCCUUCUCCUUAAGCAAGGCUGAGAAGCUGGACUGCACAGAACGCUUGCAGCUGCAAAGGAGACUGGGUUGUCGGACGUUCCACUGGUUUCUGGCCAACAUCUACCCUAAGCUGUACCCAUCGGAACUCAGGCCCAGGUUCUUUGGAAAGCUUCACAACACCGGACUUGGCUUCUGUGCAGACUGCCAGGCAGAAGGGGACAUCUUGGGCUGUACCAUGAUGCUGGCUCCUUGCAGUGAUGGCCGGCAGCAACAGCACCUGGAGCACAUUGGCAGGAAGGAGAUCCACUUUGGCAGCCCACAGCACCUGUGCUUUGAUGUCAGGAGCGAGCAGGUGAUUCUUCAGAACUGCACUGAGGAGGGUCCUGCCAUCCAUCAGCAGCACUGGGACUUCCAGGAGAAUGGUAUGAUUGUUCACAUUCUUUCUGGGAAAUGCAUGGAAGCCAUGGUGCAGGAAAACAAUAAAGAUUUGUACUUGCGCCAGUGUGAUGGCAAAGCCAGCCAACUGUGGCAAUUUGACAAUGUCAACAAUGUGGAUGAACACUGAACGCCAGUGUCAGAAGGAAAAGAGAAGUUUGGCCAUCACAGUUCAGCUCCAAGAGAACUAAAAGAGCUAGAAUGUUUCACGAAGCAGACUCUGUUAUGUUUUUGCUCCUGGUCAUAGUAGAAAAGAAAUAUCCAUGAAUGAAUAUAGAAAAAUCUUUCGUUCUCACACCUAUUUCAUUGUCCACUGGCUAUUUUAGAAAAAGGAAAAGAAAAACAAAUGGACUCAUUGUCUCAUUGUCUUCAUCACUGGUAGAUGAUCAUUAUAUUGUACAGAAGGUUCUUCAUUUUCUUCCAUCGAGCGUGUAAUAAUUGCUUUUAUCUCUGACUACAGAAAGAGGCCUGGGCAUUCUCUGGAAGUACCUCCAGGAUACAUAAAUUUAAUCAAUCAGUUUAUUUUAGGUGGCCUUACCUUGGCUUGUCUUUGUGGCCAGUCGUGAAAAUUAAAGUGUGACGAGGGAAUAAUGGCCCGACAUCCCCAAAACUUUGGAUUAGGCUUAUUAGGACAAAUUUCAUGUUUACUGGUCGAGCGAUAGCUUGGAAGAAGGAAGGGAAGCUAGGGCUGGAGAGAAGAUGGAGAGAGCUUUGGACCAACUCCCCAGCUCAUCCUGGCAGCUGAAAGAGUCAGUAAACCAGGGAUAGGAUGUUUUCAUGUUGAUGAGAAUUUCCUCAGAACUUUCUACCUCCAUUCACCCCGCCCUAGCCUUUCUCUAGCUUGGUUAACCACAACCAGAUUCUCAUGCAAUAUAUUUCUCUUUAGUCAUUGGUGUCUGGAAGGGUCCGCUCAGACUGAGCAUUCCCGUUAUCAAAAGCAUAUGCAGUUGAGAAACUCCUGACGCCCUGAUACACGGUUUGUAUUGACUGGAUUAGAAAUAGCAACCUUUGAGGCAAACUUCUCGGAGGGGAAAUACCAGUGUCUGAGCCAAAAUUCUUAUGAGAGGAACCAGAGUCGGGCGUUAAUGUUUGUGAGGGCAGACAGGGCCAUCUCAGCCUGUAGAAACUGUCCGAGACCCCCAAAUGUGCCCACAGGUUGAACAUUCACCAUCGUGGAACAAGCACACCUCGACUAGAGCAGAGCCAGCACUAGCGACAGCUGACUGGCUCUCUUUGCUUUGACUUGGCCUAGUCUGACCAUGCUGCUGAGUGCAUUGGUUCUGCUAUUCAGAAGACACCAUCGUGCCCAUUUCUCUUUGAGAUGGAGUUUACUCUUCACAUGCUCUACUUAGAAACCACCCCUCAAAAAUGCUGAUUUCUCAGAACUCAGUGUGUUUCAAGUGAGAACAACUAGGUAGGAAGUGAGGGUUUCCAAACAAUACCUGUCAUAAUUAUGUAUUCCUUCUCCGUCUACUUAGGUCAAUGACUCACUGCAUUUCUCUUUCCUCAGAAUAUACUUUAGAUCUGUACUCAUAGCCACUAGCCACAUGUGGCUAUCUAAAUGUAAAUGCAUUAAAAUUAAAGAAAAUUUAAACUCAUUUCCUUAGUUGUACUGGUCACCUUUCGAGUGCUCAAUAGCCACAUGUUCCUAGGGACAACUGUAGUGGAGAGUACAGAUAUAUGACAUGUCAUCAUUGCAAACGUCGGUUCUAUUGGAUAGCACCGAUCUAGAUAGACUCAUCUUCCCAUUGAGAGAAGAAAUUUUAGCCACUCUCUUCUUCCUUCAGAACUGUGUAUAUUUAAAUCAAAUUCCUUUAAUAUCCUGAGGCUGAGACAGAGCUGAAAAUUCUCAGACAGCGACGUUGUAAAGGAUAUCAAUGGUUGAAAAAUAAAAGUUAAACGAGACCUCUAUUUUUUUAAAUGAACUUUAUUAUUGGCAUUGUGGGUAUUUGAAGU